GAUGAGGAGAUUGAAAGGACAUCCAAAUCGGAUAGAAAGGUGAUCUUUAAGCCUUAUAAAACAAAUUUUAAUGCACUUAUCUUAGAAUUAUUGUAAAGAUACCGCAGUAUAAAUGUACCUGUAUCAGUCAACUUGUCUCAGUAUUUUGGUAAACAUCCAGCUUCCCUGUUAGCCAUCUCUCUUCAGAAAUCAAUUCGCAUCAUGAAGAUUAUCGUCCUCUUGUGUUUAGCUCUUGUGGCAUUUUUGGGAUCCGUGAGAGGAGACCAGGAAGAAGUCCGCAAGAUUAGGAUGAACGGAAGAGUUCGUCUUAACAACCAAGGAUUCACAAACACGAAUGCAGGAAUAAUAGAGGUCUACUUCAAAGGAGAAUGGGGCAUGGUCUGUGCAGACAGUAACUUGGACAUGAAAAUGGCCAACGUAGUAUGCCGUCAGAUGGGAUUCGAUUUGGCAGUAGAACUUGCUCAGCCAGAUGAGUAUUUUGAUGACAGCGUUGAUCCCGAUGAGAAGAUCUGGCACAAUGUGCUAAAGUGCAACGGCGAUGAAGGAACCAUCAGAGAUUGUCAGGUUUUGGGCAGUCUCGGGACACCUGGACAGACUGAAUCUAGCUGCCCUCGAUCAAGCUACGCUGCGGUCGUUUGUGGAGAUAAUGUGCCAGAUGCGGAUAUCAUUACGAAAGAAGAUAUCAAAAGUCGAGCGGAAAAAUUUCUUCUUGAACUUCUCCAAGAAACAAAGAAAUAGAAAUGUUCGCUUGGACACUAAAUAUAUCGACCUGACGGAUUUGACUAAAACCCAAUUAACAUGAAUCAUUUUAGUUGUUAAGGGAGAUAGAAACGUAUAGUAGAGCCAAUAUAUUUUUUUUAAUAAUCGAUUCCGAUUUGAAACUCGAACAUUUCAAGUGUCUUCAUGCCAUAAAGAAAUAAUGUUUUACUCUUUUCAACAACAGUCGACUGUAUCCAAUAUCCACUUUUCUUACGCAAUAUUCAAUGUUAAAUUCCUAACCUUGAACAUUAUCGUUACUUUGCACUGCCAUUACAUAAUUUAUAUUUCACAUUGUAUUAUGUGUUAACUCUAUAUCGUGAUGAAGUUUUAACAUUUUAUACAAACAAAGAGAAAGUUUAGCAUCACUUCUACUCGGUCAUAAUAGUGAAAACUUUGAAGCACGAAAUAUGGAUACAGCUAAUCAUAUGACCUUCAGCUCAUCCAUCAGUAGCUUGUGUCAUUUUAGUAUAUAAUUAUCCAAUUUCAAAUAAGAUAUAGGCCUAUGUGUGUAAAAAGCAUUGGUCGAAAUGAAAUUCCUGGUAGAAUUUGAUCAAUAAAUCGGUUGAUUUUGAUUAUUUUUCUCAGUCGGACACAUAUUAACCAAGAGAAUUGUCAUUCUGACAAAUAUUUUUUUACUACUACCACCUUUCAGUUAAAUGUCUUUCAUGAAUUUGUUCGAUGGCUAUAUUGUAAUGGAUUUGUUAGGAUAUAAAGAAAUAAGUUACAGUAAAUAUCAAUAUGAAUUAUGAUCAAAA